AUGCCCAUUUUGCAGAAGAGGAAACUGAACCUCAAAGAGGCGCCCUGGAGGCUGCCCACCUGUGCAGCCCGGUCCCCCUGGCCUCACGGGGGGCAGAUCGAGUUCCGGAACUUUGGGCUGAGAUACCAGCCUGAGCUCCCACUGGCCGUCCGGGGUGUGUCCUUCAAGAUCCACGCCGGAGAGAAGGUGGGCAUCGUUGGCAGGACGGGGGCCGGGAAGUCCUCCCUGGCCGGGGGCCUCCUGCGGCUCCUGGAGGCGGCCGAGGGGGGGAUUUGGAUCGACGGGGUCCCCAUCGCCCACGUGGGGCUACACACGCUGCGGUCCAGGAUCACCAUCAUCCCCCAGGACUCGGCGCUGUUCCCCGGCUCUCUGCGGAUGAACCUGGACAUACUGAAUGAGCACACGGAUGAGGCCAUCUGGGAAGCCUUGGAGACCGUGCAGCUCAGAGCCGUGGUGGCCAGCCUGCCGGGCCAGCUGCAGUAUGAGUGUGCCGAGCAAGGUCACAGCCUGAGUGUGGGCCAGAAGCAGCUCCUGUGUCUGGCGAGGGCCCUUCUGCGGAAAACCCGGAUCCUCAUCCUGGAUGAGGCCACGGCCGCCGUGGACCCAGGCACGGAGCUCCAGAUGCAGGCCGCCCUCGGCAGCUGGUUCGCCCGGUGCACGGUGCUGCUCAUCGCCCACCGCCUGUGCUCUGUGAUGGACUGCGCCAGGGUGCUCGUCCUGGACAAGGGGCAGAUGGCAGAGAGUGGCAGCCCGGCCCAGCUGCUGGCCCAGAAGGGCCUGUUUUACAGGCUGGCGCAGGAAUCGGGCCUGGUCUGAGCCCUCAACUCUCGCCUUGUCGUACCAGCCCAGAGAGACUGCUGUGCCCUGGGGGUGCCAGGGACCCAGGGGUCAUCGGUUGGCACCGCUCUCUGGGAGGAAAAUGGCAGAGGAAGUGGCCAACCGUCACAGACCUGGGAGGACACAGCAAUGCCCAGGUCGGUCUGAUCAGGGCUCGUCCAGCCUCGUCCACCCCGGAGCUGAAGUUGCUGGUGGCUCUCCGCGCUGGCUGCCCAGGGGCCUCACCCAAGGGGCUCAAAAACCCACCCAUGCCCGGGCUCCACCACAGACCCUGAAAAUCAACAUCCCCGGGGCUGGGGCUGGGGCUGGCGGGGGAAGGGUGGAGCAUGUACCUUUUACAAAUUACCCUCUUUAUUUUGAGAUGGUUGUAGAUGGACAAGCAAUUAUAAGAAAUA